AUGUUGCGAUUAAGUUUAAACUUAAUGCGAAGAAAUGUUUUUAGAUAUUCUAUGCCAUUAAUGGCUUUUUCGUCAGAUAAAGAACCUCCUAAAGGUAUUUUUGGUUGAGAAAGCUUAUAGGGUUUUAAAAAUUUUAGAGGAAAUCGAAAAUCCAAUAGGAACAGAAAAAGGAGGAAAAGCAAGAGCAAAAAGUCGAAUAAGAAGAGAAAAGAGAGCAAAAUGAGCAGGUGAUAAAGGAGGAAGAGGAGAUCGAAGAAUAGCAAUAAAAGGGUAGAGAUUGAAGUAUAUUAAAAGUAGUCGAAAAGCCUUAGAAGAAGAAGUACCAUUUCACCUAUGAUCCAAAAUCAUUUAAUUUGUAAGAUGAGAAUAAGAAGGAAGAGAAAUAGGAGAAAUAGGAAAAAUAGGAGCAAUAGCAAGAGAAAUAGGAUGUAAAGGAGGAAGAAUAAAAAGAAGAAUAGCAAUAACAAUAGCAAUCUUAAAAGAAAUUUCCAUUACCUGAUAUCAAUUUUGAGAAGGUGUUUGAGUACUUCAACAAUCCUAAAAAUCGAAAUUACAUUUACAUGUUCUUGGGGGUCAGUGGUUUAGCUGCAUUAUAUUAAAUUUCAAAUUAGGAAGAGGAAAUCACUUAUACAGAUUUUCUGAAAAACUAUCUAGAAGCCAGUCAAGUGAACUCGAUUAUCAUAUAUAAGAAUGAAACAAGUAGAGUAAAUUAGGCAUCGAUCAUCACUUAAAGAGGACAAUCAAAGAGGUUGAUGAUUAUGAAUGUGGAUAACUUUUUAGAAAAUCUAGAAAGAUUCUAGAGUGAAAAAGGUUUGAGUCCUGAAUAAUUCAUACCUGUGACUUUUGAAGCUUAAUUAGAUAAAGGUAAAUUAAUGGACAGAGUAUUGAAUGUCUUGUAUUUUGGUGUCACAGUCACAUUAGUAAUAGUUCUAUUUUAAUCACUUAAAGGUAGUAUGGGAAGCAUCAAUAAGGGAAGUGGAGGAGGAGCAGGAGGAAAUGAUGUAUUUGGAUUUGGUAAAUCUAAUGUAAAGUAAUUUGGAUUUGAACAAAAUGUGAAGGUAAAGUUUAAGGAUGUUGCUGGAUUGGAUGAAGCCAAAUUGGAAAUCAAGGAAUUUGUUGAUUUUUUAAAGAAACCUCGUAAAUAUAAGGAGAUGGGAGCAAAGUUACCAAGAGGAGCAUUGUUGGCAGGACCCCCAGGAACUGGCAAGACAAUGGUGGCAAAGGCAUGUGCUGGAGAAGCAGGUGUUCCAUUUUUUUUUGUAAGUGGUUCAGAUUUUGUUGAAAUGUUUGUGGGAGUGGGAGCAAGUAGAGUCAGAGAUUUAUUUAAAUAAGCAAAAGCUAAAUCUCCUAGUAUUAUAUUUAUUGAUGAAAUUGAUGCUGUUGGUAGAAAAAGAGAUGCAAAAAUAGGAGGUAAUGAUGAAAGAGAUAAUACAUUGAAUUAAUUAUUAGUAGAAAUGGAUGGAUUUGGAACUGACACUAAUGUUAUUGUGUUAGCAGCUACAAACAGAAAGGAAUUGCUAGAUCCAGCCCUCACAAGACCUGGUAGAUUUGAUAGAUCAGUUGAUAUCACAUUACCAGAUAUUGAAGGUAGAAAAUAGAUAUUUAUGGUUCAUUUGACACCUUUAAAAUUGGAUCCAUCAAAAACUAUGGAAGAAUAUGCAAAAAGAUUAGCUACUUUGACUCCAGGGUUUAGUGGAGCUGAAAUUGCUAAUCUUUGUAAUGAAGCUGCUAUCAUGGCAGCAAGAGCUAAUAAAAUUUAUGUUGAUUCCAACGACUUUGAAAUGGCUUCAGAAAGAGUUAUGGCUGGUUUGGAAAAGAAGAGAAUAAUAAGUGAAGAAGAAAGAAAAACUGUUGCAUAUCAUGAAUCUGGACAUGCAGUUGUCAGUUGGUUUUUAUAAGGAGGACAUCCUUUACUUAAACUAACAAUCAUACCCAGAAGCAAAGGUUCUUUGGGAUAUGCAUAAUAUUUGCCAAAUGAAUCCAGUUUGGAAUCCAAAUAAGAAUUACUAGAUAGAAUUUGUUGUAUUUUGGGAGGUAGAAUAUCGGAGGAGAUAUUUUUUGAUUAAAUCACCACUGGAGCCUAUGAUGAUUUGAAGAAGGCGUAUGAGGUGGCUCAUAGUAUUGUAACCAAGUUUGGUAUGAGCGAGAGUAUUGGUUAUAUUGGAUUCUAGGAGGGCGAGUUCUAGAAGCCUUAUAGUGAUAAUACCAAUAAGCAUAUAGAUGAUGAAAUAAAGAAGAUUAUAGAGGAUUAAACCCAGAGAACUCGAUAGUUGUUGAGAGAGAAGAAAGAAUUUGUUGAUAAGUAAUUUUAAUGAUGUAAUCUUAGAUUGGCGACGAGUUUGUUGGAUAAGGAAACUCUGGACUUAUAGAAAAUAAUAGAGGUUUUAGGUGAAAGACCAUUUCCGCCUCGAUCUAACUACAAGGCAUAUCUGGAAAUCAAGAAGGAAGACUCAAAACAAGGUUCUGAAUGA